CGAAAUGUCAAAAUAUUUGUUUACAAAUUGUAGGCGGCGUGUUUUCUUUAAAUUAUUGAACUAAACAUUUAUCAACAAGUAAAACAUUACAAAAUGAGUUUCCUUAAGCCAAAAGAAGUAAUUGAAAAGGGCGAUACAGUUAUACUUUAUCUCACAGUAAAUUCGAUGCAUGCCAUUGAAGCAACACCAACAAUAGUCAACAAAAAAGGCGAAACCAUUGAAUAUAUAUUUCAAACCUCAUAUGGCGCGUUAAAGGUGCGCAAUCUCAUUGGUGUCACUUACGGCUCGCGGGUGGAACUCUCGAAAGGAUGGGCCUAUGUACUACAGCCAAAUCCAGAAUUGUGGACGCAAACGCUGCCACAUCGUACACAAAUCAUUUACACACCCGAUAUUAGUAUGAUACUCUUCCAACUCGAAGUUCGGCCAGGUUCAGUGAUAGUUGAAUCUGGUACUGGCUCAGGUUCACUGUCACAUUAUUUUUUACGUGCUAUUAAACCUUAUGGUCAUUUGCAUACAUUUGACUUCCACGAAGCGCGAGUGCAACAAGCGCGUGAAGAAUUCGAACGACAUGGUUUAGGUGAUUUUGUAACCGUUUAUCAUCGCGAUGUGUGCCAACUGGGUUUUAGCAAUGAGUUGGAAGGCAAAGCGGAUGCAGUAUUUUUGGACUUGCCGGCACCUCAGCUGGCGGUACCAUUUGCCGCUAAAACUCUUAAAACGGAGGGUGGACGUUUCUGUUCAUUCUCACCUUGUAUUGAACAGUCCCAACGUUGUUGUAUCGCUUUACAAGAACAUGGAUUCACAGAGAUUCGUUCAAUGGAAAUACUACAGCAAGAGCAUGUUGUUAAAACUAGAACAUUGCCYGUGGUAGAUUUAGAGUUCCUGAAGCACAAAAAACCGUCUUCUCAAAAAUUGGAUGAAUCAAGUACUAUUGAAUCAAAUGAAAAGGCAGAUACCGUAAAAACCCCUAAAGAAACCAAGAAAGUACUCACAUCGUUUGCGCCGCCUACGCUACCAGGCCACACAGGAUAUUUGACAUUUGCAACUCUGCCCCCAGCCUUCGUACGAUAGCAAAAGUUCUUCCAACAAUUCAAUAUUAAAACAUGUUGUAGUACAAUAAUAUA